CACCGCGCAGCUAGCUCGAGCACACGUACACCAGCUUCUUGUCGUCACCACUCACUGUUGGUUGUUAAAUUCAGAUUCGAUGGUUGUAGUUUUAUUGUGAAGUCACUAAACUGCGCUAAGUUGUAGUUGCUACUUGCCGCGGUCACAUAGAGUACUGCUAGCCUAGUUGACACAGAGAGUUACGUUCAUUAUUAGUUGGCUAACGAAAAUACGGGUGAUCUGAAGAUUUGUAUUUGGUGAAAAUAAGCCAAGUUGACCAGCAUGUCUGACGUGGACGAAGAUACAGUCAUGUCGGAGGUAGACGGUGAGGAAGACGGAGUGGAAGAGCCCGAGAAGGUGCAGGUUGGCAAUUUGAACCAGAAAACCAUAGGUGAGGGGCUGUCCUUGCUGUGCCGAACAGGAAAUGGACUUGGACAUGCAUUUGUCAAACUGGACUUAAAAGACAAACGACUGAAUGACAUUUCUGCAAUUAGCAGCUACGUUCACGUUCGUUUUCUGGAUUUGUCCAGUAACCACCUCACCGUUCUAACCCCUCUGGCAUCUCUGAUGGAUCUGCUUUGGCUGAAGGUUGACAAUAAUGCUUUGGCAUGCUUGGAAGGAAAUCCUUUCAUUCAGUUAAAGUACCUGCAGUGGCUGAGUGUGGCUGCAAACCAGCUCACAGACCUAAGCGGCCUGGUUGGACCUGCUUUAGAGACCCUCAAUCUUACAGGUAACGCUAUUAAGACAGUGAAGAGCCUUCAGAUGGGCUGUUUUGGAAACCUGGUAACUCUAGAGCUGAGAGGAAAUCUCCUUGAAACCACUGAUGGCAUUAACCUUCCAAACCUGCAACGAUUAUAUCUGGCCCAAAAUGCAAUCAAACGUCUGGAGGGAUUGGAGAAGUUAGAGCACCUCACCACCCUUCAUCUGAGAGACAACCAACUGGAAUCUCUGGAUGGUCUCAGCCCCAACAUGAAGUGUCUUCAAUACCUGAAUGUCAGAGGCAAUGCAAUCUCAGAUGAGAAUACCCUACACUGUCUUAGGCUCGUGUCAAAAACACUGCGUACUCUGGUGCUUUCUGAGAACCCACUGGGGGAAACCACAGACUACCGAACAAGUCUGCUGAUCCUUGUGCCUCAGCUGGAGAAAAUUGACAAAGAACCUGUCUCCCCUGAGGAGAGGAUUGAGGCCCAGGACAGAAUCAAGGAACUUGAAGAAGAGGAAAUAGCUGAACCUUAAGAUUCGCAACAAAAGCCUAAAUGGGAUAGUCUUUGAUGUCCUUGACAAGACCGGUUGAUGGGUGACUGUGAAAUCAUUUGUAAAUUAUAUAAUGCAUCUUUAAUAAAUGUGCA